UUCAGUUCAAAUGAUCAGUCAAUAAGACUCAUCCUUAAUGACUAACUAACUUUCUGUUCAUCUAGUUAGUUUAUUAGAGUAGACAAUGAUUUUUUUUGUUUUCGUUUAUCUCGUCUACAAUUACAACUAUCAUCAACCAAUCAGAAUAAAGCAGGAAACAAUUAACCAAUAAAAAUUCAGCAUGUCCUAUUGAUCAAUAUCAUACUCGUUUUUGGGUAUAUUUAUACAAGUUAGGCGACUGACACGCCCACAGGGUCUAUUAGUAUUGUAUUAUAAUAAUAAUCAUCAUCGUCUCAAUAUAACUUCUAAUAAUGGGAAUAUAUUGUCAUCAGUCAAAAAUAUUAUAAACUGUCAAAUUGUAGACAUUGUUAACUCUGAACAGUUGAUUUGUAUUUUAUUAUUAUUAUUUCUAGUGUUGCAUCGUUAAGAUUCCCUUCAUCUACAUCCUUCAACUGUUCACCGUCUUCACCGACGUCUUCAUUGAAUUCUACUGGUAAUAAUAUUAAACCCCAUCCAUCAACACAACAACAACAACAGCAACAAAUCAAUAUUCGUCAAUCGAUUCCACGAGCAAAUAAUCCAAUUAGCAGCUUUAAAAGCAAUCAAAAAUCAAUACAAAAGCAAAAACAACAAUAUCCCGCGAGUGAUAAUCAAAUUGGAGUCGAUAAAAGCAAGACUAUCAGGAAUAGUAAUAGUAGUAACAGCCCGUCUAUAACACGGAGUAGUCAUCAAUCCCUACAAAAAGCUUCUCUAACAUCAUCAUCAUCAUCACCAGGAGGUGUAUUGACAAUACCAGGAUCACCUACUUCACUGAAUAAACAAUCGAUUAAUUCUGGUCAUGAUAUAUCCUAUACAAAAACAACAGACAGUACUGACGACCAACAACAACAACAACAAGAUCAACAUUCAUUAUCUGAGCAUAAAAGUGCUCCAGUUGGAAUUAGUUAUACACAAAAGUCAAGUAAUUUAUGCCAAUUGAAGGCGGGUAGUUUUGAAAAAUCGAUUGGAAUAAAAGCGGCUUCUGAUCUGAAUAUCAAACCGUCGGCGAAAACAAAAACCACUCACCCUCCAAACUCUCUGCCAUCUAAAAAGUUCUCCAAUAACAAAAAUUUAUCGGCUGAUCCAAAAAAGUCAAUAGAUCCUUCAGCUCAGGUAGCGUUUAAAUCAACCAUCACUACAGGCAGUACAACAACAACAACUACUAGUACUACCUCAACUACAGUUACGACUUCUAGUCAACUUUAUCAGACAAUAAUUUCUUCAUCUUCCUCAGGAAGUCUAUCACCAUCUUCAUCAGGCAUACCAAUGCCUCGUCAACUGAAUUUUUAUCAACACUCCAAUAAUAUGCCAUCCUCAGCCAAUGUGCGGCCUAAAGAUUCCCCAGUCAAAGUAAUCGAUCGUGCUCAGUAUUUGAAUUUUCCAUCACACGGUCAAACCGUACAAGGGAACCACGUGAUGAGCACUUAUCCUGGAGGUUAUGAUAACAGUAACCAUAUGAAUAAAAUCGAUAACAAAUAUUUAACUAAUUUACCCAAUUCCACCAUGUGUUCAGAUAAUUUUGGUCAUCAGUCACGAGUACUAAAUCAAUAUCAGCACCAGCCACAACCACAACCACAAACUGUUCAAAAGUGUUAUGCAAGUCCUAUGAAUUAUGAUCAAUCGAUGACGACAGCUUCGACAUCUGUGGGUAAAGUUCAACUCACCAAUCAAUCAGUGACAAUUGGUAACACCCCAAAUCAUCACUCCUUACCAUCUUCAAUGGGUCAACAGUCAAGUCAUCCGUGUUACCUAGCGGGAUCAACAUUUCAAGAAAGACCAGCUCAUCAAGUGACCAAUCAUCAGAUGUCUUUUCCACCUUCACAACCACCUCCAGCACCACCCCCACCCCCUCCGCCUCCUCCUCAUCACCAGCACCAUCCACAACAGCUACGGCCACAAGAACUUCAAUAUCCAAGUCAAGCAUUCAAUCCAGGAAACGUUGGGAUGAGACACCCCAGUACAAUAGAAAGAAAUUCUUCUGUCAAUCCUCUGUCUUCACCCACCAUGUCUCCAUUGAAUACAGCCUACCUCCAGGAUACACGUCGUUAUUUAUCUGGUAGCGGUAGUUUAUCUGAGAAAAGGAAUCAUCACCACAGUCAGUUACAACAACUGCAAACAUCUGCUUCUCCACUGCAUUCCAGUUUACAAACACGUAGUAAAACCAGUAGUAUCCCUUAUACAGGUGAUGCAAAUUUCGGCUAUCCGCCUUCAUUGAAUUCAUCUUCACUUCACAACAGUAACAAUAAUAAUUCAAAUAUUCAACAAUAUCCAUCAAGAAAUCAUCCAUUUGUUCCGCCAAUCUCUUAUCGUCCAGCAACGCUGACCACUAAUGUCAAUUUCGUAUCAAGUGCACAACAGUAUAACCAACCGACGACAACGACGACUGGUAUCACUGUCGCCACCACUAUGACUCCUGCUACUACCACUGAUCCUACUUCUACUGCCAGCAAUAAAUCUUGUGUCGUAAAUCGUCGUGAACGAUCCUCCAAGGAUCCUUCAGAAUUAAAUCAAGCUCAACAAUAUCCUACAGCGUACAGUUCACAGAACAAUCUGUCUUCAAUGCAAUCAAAGGCAGAGAUGAAUGUGACGAAUAUACCGGCGAGUAAUCCUGUACUGCAUAAGUAUGCACCGUAUACACCGUCAUCUCAAAUGCAGAAUAAUCAACUGCCAAUGGUUCCACAGCCAUCAGAACAACCAUCAUUCCUCGAAUCAUCAUUCAUAUUACAACUAUCCACCGCAUCAUUCUUCUAUAACACAGAACAACGUCGAAAAGCCCGUGAACUCUACGUGGCUUUAAAACAACGUUAUCCAUCAGCUAGUCAGAGCACUCCAACACAGGAUGAAGUCCCUCUGUUAUCAUCAACACAGAACACUCCACCGGUUAAUCGAGAUAAUCCCCAAGAACAAUCCCAACAGCCACCAAAUAAACCACAGGAACAGCAUUCAGACAAUGGUUUGUCAGUCAAAGACCCAGUUGUUAGUCAAAAUAAUCAACUGAAACACAACGAAACUGAUCGAAAUCACUCUGAGGCGAGUAUUUUAUCCAGCAGUGAUACUACACAGAAGUAUGACUCCAAGAAUACUUUAGAAGACCAAUCUCAAUCGAAUAUACCGAAAGAUUUCAGCAGCUCUGAUCGAAAGGCUAAUAGUUCAUUGAUUUCCAAUGCUGCCACUACCACUACCACUACUACUACUACUACUAAUUCUGCUAGUAGUAUAUUACUUACUGACAGCAAAUCUCAGCAUAGUGCUAAUCUUGUGGAAACGAUAAAAAAUCUAAGUUACCAAGCUGUUUCCCCAGAUGACCUCAUUCGUGGUCCAUGUGGUUAUCAAUCCGAUGGGGGAUUAGAGUGUAUGAGCAUUUUUUCUCCCCCAACAAAUUCAAGUUAUGAUUCAAUGAAACAAUUAACUUCACCAAUAUCAUAUCAAACAACAUCAAAAUCAACGACAACCACCAGCACAACAAACCAACAACAACAACAACAAAUCGAUAUCAAUGAUAAAUUAUACAAUCCUUCAAAUGUUUUAAUUAGUUCACUACCAAGAAAUUUAAAAGCGCCAUAUUUAAAUUCAUCGUUACAAUUUAUAAAUUAUCAAACAAAGAAGAAAAAAUCCGAUGAUGAGAAUAAUGAAAAUCUGGGGAAUUAUGCACGUCGUAUGCAUGAACGUUUGCAAGAGGGAAUGAGAGCAGCACAAGAGUCUUUAUGGAUUCCUGAUCUGCCUGAAUUGAAUAUUAUGAAUAGGUUGAACCAUUCAGAUAUUAUGAAAAAUAUAAGUUCUUCAAUGAAUGAAGGAAAUAAAACGACAUCGUUGUCGGAAAGUGAAACAGACCAUCUGCAAUGUUCUAAUCAAAAUGAUGAAUCAAAAGUCAAGAUAGCGGCGAUGACAACGAUGGUGAAUCCAAAUAUAAAUCUAGACAAAGUGUCUUCACCAUUAUCGAUCAGUGAUACUGGUCAUCUACCGCAUCAGUUGAAUUCACGAGUCAAUUGUUACUCGUCUUUAAAUUUAGGAUUUCAUUUAAGCAAUACUUCUGUCGGUGGUGGUGGUGGUAAUCGAUCACAACAGGACGCCAGUCAAGCAAUUCUUAAAGGCUUCAAUUCUCAAUCAAUCAAUAAUAUGAAGGUCAAUAAUAAUAAUAACAGUAGCAAUAGUGACAACGCUAAUGAUAUACACAGCGACUAUUCUCAUUGGGAUUUAAAAAAUGGUGUCUGCUCUGAUGUUGAAGAUCUACUGAACCAGCAUGAACGACGUCUGUUAUCCCUUUCAUCAGGAACUGGUAAGAUUCGAUUUCUGUUGUGCUGUAUGCUUGUGUUUGGUAGUUAUGAAAAACUACACCGUAUACAAAGGUAA